GAGACGCCGCGCCCAAGUCCACACUUUUAAGCGGUCUUCAGGAAAUCUCCACUGUGCUCCUAUCAGUUUUCAAUUUUCACCUACAUUAAGGUGCACACAGACCUGGUUCCUGUCCCUUUUCAGCCCUGGUACCCGACCACGGACACCUUGGACUGGGCAGGCAAUCCCAGGCGUGCGAGACUGACCCAGGGUCUGUGAGGGGAGUCCCCAUGGCGCAGCGGAUUGCACUGGACGAGGCCUCGGUACCGCCUGUGUUCUGUAAACCCUGGGCUGUGAACUUCGCGGACGUGGCCGUGUACUUCUCCCCGGAGGAGUGGAGGUAUCUGCGGCCGGCGCAGAGAGCCCUGUACCGAGAGGUGAUGCGCGAGACCUACGGUCUCCUGGCCUAUCUCGACGUCGGAUGCGCCAAACCAGCACUCAUCUGCUGGGUGGAGGAAGAGUCCGAAGUGUGGGGACCCUGUGCCCAGGAUCCAGAGGUGGCCAUGUGCAGGACAGAAGUUCACUCAGAUUGCAGGCACGAGAAGGAAAGGAAGAGACCAAGGGAAGAGACUGAAGCAAUGCAGAAGACAUUUUCUCCAGAACCUGGGCAGAAGGAGCCACAACUCUCAUUUGCUGUCUCCCCUAGUGGUGUUCAAGCCACGGUCCUAAGGGCAGACAAGUGUCACGACUGCAAUUUGUGUGGGAAGAGUUUUGCCCGGCGGUCCACGUUGGAGGCACACAUGUACACUCACACAGGUGAAAAGCCGUUUCAGUGCCCAGACUGCAACAAACGAUUUGGCCGGUAUUCUUCCCUGAGCACUCACCGAGCCAUACACCGAGGGGAACGACCGCAUCAGUGUCCUGACUGUGGGAAGAGUUUUACCCAGCGGUCCAAACUGGUGGCACACAUGUACACUCACACAGGUGAAAAGCCGUUUCAGUGCCCAGACUGCAACAAACGCUUCAGCCGGCCUUCUUCCCUGAGCACUCACCGAGCCAUACACCGAGGGGAACGGCUGCAUCAGUGUCCUGACUGUGGGAAGAGUUUUACCCAGCGGUGCACUUUGGUGGCACACAUGUACUCUCACACAGGUGAAAAGCCGUUUCAGUGCCCAGACUGCAACAAACGCUUCGGCCGGUAUUCUUCCCUGAGCUCGCACCGAGCCAUACACCGAGGGGAACGGCCACACCAGUGUCCUGACUGUGGGAAGGGUUUUACCCAGCGGUGCACAUUGGUGGAUCACAUGUACUCUCACACAGGCGAAAAGUCAUUCAAUUGCCCUGAUUGCUGCAAGUCCUUUGGUCGGCCAUCUUCCCUGAGCAGGCACCGGGCCAUACACCGAAUGGAGCAGCCUCAUCGCUGCUCUCACUGUGGCAGGACUUUCACACGGCGCUCUUCACUCACCAGCCAUCUCCGUGUCCACACUGGGGAGAAGCCUUACUGUUGUGCUGAUUGUGGACGCUGCUUCAGCCAGAGAUCUGCGUUCCGUGAGCACCAGCGAGUGGUACACAGCGGUGUGACCCCCUUUUCUUGCACUCACUGUGGCAGUGCCUUUGCGGAUUCCAAAUAUCUUCGGCGGCACAUGCGCAUCCAUACAGGUGAAAAGCCUUAUUCAUGCCCUGAUUGUGGUCGCUGCUUUCGCCAGAGCUCUGAAAUUCCAGCCCAUAGGAGGACCCACACUGGCGAGCGUCCUUACCCCUGCCCUCAAUGUGGCAGGCAGUUUCGCACAAAGUCAGCUAUGACAAGCCACCAGUGGGUCCAUAGACCAGGAGCUAAAGGCCAUAAGGACAAAAAAGCCAAUCAGUUAUCUAUAUCCCUGGACCCUAGACAAGAGGACCCGGAUCCACCUGUGGGCUUCUAGCAUUACCCAGAGUUAUUCCAAAAGUGCGGGUGAUGGUCUUAAAGGCGCCAACAUAGAGGGUGAGAUAUGUACAUUAUGAAGCCCAGAGAAUGACCUAUAGCAUCCUCCAGAAGUCACAGACGUUCUAGGUACUGCUGGUCUGGGCACCGGGUAGUCUUUUUGGUGAUUUUCAGAUGCAUCUGCACACACUCCGGAUGUACCGUCAUCUUGGCGUCUAUUGGGCUGGGCUGGGCUGGGCAACCCCACUAGAGCUCCAUGAGAAGCGAGGGCCUUUUCCUGGCUCAGAAGUAUUGAGAAGCCUGAGGAUGAAGAGAGCCUCGUUGAAGUCAUUGUGUCUUUAAUGCAGAGGCUAAAGUUGAUGGCUCUGUGUGGGUUGAGCCAGCUGCAUUCUCCGGGAUUGAGUUACUGGUCAAGAGCCUGGUGUGGUGGUUCCUGCCUGUGAUCCCCGCACUGGGGAGGUAGAGACAGGAAGAUCAGAAAUUUGAGACCAGUUUGGGUCACCUGAGACUGCAUCUAAAAAUAAAUAAAAUUACAACUGUAAUUUAUUACGGUUUAAAAACCAAAGUAUCUAUGACAUGUACCAAAGGCCUAAGUUUGUAGGUUCUCUGGAAAAAAUCCAAAAUAUUCAGCCCAGCAAACAAGACAGAAGAGUUCUGUGGUCCAUUCUCAGCACUCCAUACACUGUGUGCCGGCACAUGCUUGCUUGCAGCACUUGGUAGCUGGUGGCACAAGGAUGUUCAGAACCUUAUUUAAGGCUGCCCUCUGUUACAGACAGACAAGAUGACACACACACCAGGUUCAGAUCAGAUCACAGCUACAGCUCCCAUGAGUUGAUUUCAGCAUUGGAAGGAGAGAACCAGGUCUGGAAGACAGUGGAUUUUAGGGUUUUCUGAAUCAAAGAGGGCUUGUAUGAAAUUGGAUGGCGUAGAAUGAAAAGGAAAGAAACAAAUUAACCCAUAAACGAUUUCUGCUCCUCAUUUGUAUUGUAUGUUAUGGCUUUUAAAGUUCUUCCUUGCCUAUCACCUUUUUUGCCUUUCCUCUAUGCCUGGGAGUGGAAGCAGCUUGAAGAAUACUCCAAGUCAGGAGGAGGCCCUGGGGCAGAUAUCUGACCCUACCGCAAGUGGGAAGUGGGCUGUGCUCACCCUGCCCUCCCACCCAUCUCUGUCCACCAGGGAGUAGCCUGCUGGUCAGGAGCUUCUGAAGUAGGAGGGAAAGGCCCUGGGCUGGGCCUCUGUAGCCACUUUUAGACUCCAUUUCUGUUUGAACUGGAGAAAUCUGGGCCUUUCCAUCCCUUUGGGCUCAAAGACACAUCAGAGGAGGCUCAGCAACUGGUCCAAGACCACAGUGAAGCUGCAGGGUCACAGUCCACUGCUGCCUUUAACACUGUGUCUGGGUAGAGGCACAUGUGCAUGCAGAUGCCUGUGGAGGCCAGGAGAGGGUGCUGGAGCUACCCACAAUUGUGAGUGGGCUGAUGUGGGCGCUGGGAACCAAACUAUGGUUCUUUGGAAGAACAGCAAGUGCUCUUAACCUCUGUCCCAUCUCCUCCGCACAAUUUUAAGAGACAGCUUUGCAUGUGUUGCCCUGACCUCAGAGGAUCCUUCUUCUGUAGCCUCCAGGGGACUGAGACUCAAGUGAACAUUAAGUUCACCUCUGCUGUCUUCACAUUUCUGAUGAGUUCCUGACAAGAUGCCUGACAAACAGCUGUGAGUCAAGUCCUGAGGAGUCUGGCAGGAGGAUCAAAACCAUGUGGGCUGGUGUCCCCAAACAAACAAAAACCAACAACCAGGGCCUGAAAAGAUGGCUCAGUGAGCUGAGAGUAAACUCUUCUCCCAGGAAUCCUGAGUUCAAUUCCUAGCAACUUGCCAGAUGUCUCACAACUACCUGUCAGUCUUGCUGCUGGCUAGAGCCUCUGUGAGCACCAUGUGCACAUACUGACUAUAGUUAAACUAACAGUAAAAGAAAAAAGCAGGAAAAUGAGGCAGAGCUUGUGAAGAGAGCUGUUAGUACUUUGUAAAGCUGAGAAUCCAAAUUCAAUCU